AGUCUAAAUGUCGUGUGUCUCUUCACAGACACUAUCAAGCUAAAUUUAAUUAACUAAUAUAUAUAUUUUAAACUCUUUUUUAAAAGGUUAUUUUAAAUACACGCACCUUAAGCAUGGCUUUGAAUAUCAGCAGCACCGAGCUGCUCCACAUCCUCAGGACGCCCCGGGACCAGAUCUCCACUGCUGGCUCCGUGCUGCUCGACUGCAGACCUUUCCUCGAAUUUUCCCGUGCGCACAUCGUCGACUCCCGCAACGUCAACUGGAACUCCAUGAUGCGUCGCAGGUCCAAGAGCAGCCUGGUGGCCCUGGAGUGGCUCAUCCCGGACAAGGCGCUGCUGGCUCGGCUGCGGCGCGGGGACUACUCACCUGUGGUGGUUGUGGACGAGAGGAGCCGCUGCGUGUCCGAGGUGAAGUCCGACAGUGUGGCCCACAUGCUGCUCACAGCCCUGCAGAACGAGGUCCACACGCGCAUCUGCUUCCUACAAGGUGGAUUCGAAGGAUUUUCAGCGACCUCUCCUGAGCUCUGUUACACCUGUGCCAGCAGUCACUCUUCUAUAGUAGAACCAGAACCAGCACUGAUGGGCCAGAGGACACCAGCAUAUGACCGGGACGGCCCGGUGGAGCUGCUGCCUUUCCUGUUUCUGGGCAGUGCUGUCCACUCCUCCCGCAGAGAGGCUCUGGCAGCAGCAGGCAUCACAGCUGUGCUCAACGUUUCAUCGUCUUGUCCGAACCUUUAUGAGGAGGAGUUUGAGUAUCUGCAGCUGACCGUGGAGGACAGUCUGGCUGCUGACAUCAGAGCCUACUUCUCCACCGCCAUCGCCUUCAUCGACACAGUGAAGCACAGUGGUGGUCGUGUGCUGGUCCACUGUCAGGCAGGAAUCUCCCGCUCUGCCACCAUCUGUCUGGCCUACCUCAUGCACACGCAGCGGGUUCGACUGGACGAGGCCUUCGACUUUGUGAAGCAGCGGCGUCACGUCAUCUCCCCCAACCUGGCCUUCAUGGGACAGCUGCUGCAGUUUGAGACGGACGUGCUGUGCUGAGGAGGAAGUCUCUGCACUGGUCUAAUGUGUACACAAAAACACAUACACACGCACACUAUCUGCACUACAUGUUGUGCAGUGUUACAAGAGGGAGUGCACCUGCUGGCGCCACACGGCUGAAGAACCUUGAUUGCUGAAUCUUUCAGUAAUCCACAAACUGGUUCCUGAUGCAAGAGACUGCAAACGACAAAUACAAACUAACGUUGACCACAUUGGUAAUAUUAUAAUGUGACUCAGUCGGAGCCGGUCGGUCUGAGCGGCUGAUGUGACUUAUUGUGCCUGCUGGUUUUUUUAAGGAGACGUCUGACUGACUGUCACGUCUUAUUUAAUGACACAACACUGUGCUGACCAUUGGCAGCAAUAAUGAGUGGAUGAAUCUUAGGUUUUUACUGACUUAUUUAUGAAUCUUUACAUCAUCCACAGUAAUUAAAGUGAGUUACAUGUCAAAGGUGACAAUUAUGAAGAUUCUUUACUUGAACUGUGCCUUACACUCUUUACAAAUAUGCAUUGUAAAGUCAACAUAGGUAUAUACACACAUAUAUAUAAAUAAGUAUAUACAUAUAUAUGUGUGUGUGUAUAUAACUGGUCCGAACACGUCCGAAGAACUGAUUGGUCCUUGACCCUGACCAGGAAAAUCUGGAAAAAUAAUGAAUGAAUGGUUUCAGCUCCAUCUAUAUUAACAAACAAGGCAUAAGCAGUAAAACUUUGUGAUUGACCAAUUUAUACUGACUCACAGUUUUUACUGCUACGUCUGUGACUAUUUUUGGCAUUUAGAAGGUUGAGCAAGCUGUGCCCCCUACUGGAAGGUUGAGGUCAUGGCUCUGUGGUCCACCAGGCCAGAGUUGAAGUUGGAUUAAAUACGAGUAAUGAUAAAUUAAAUUUCUAUUUAAACAUGCA